GAAAAAAAAACGCUUUUCUGCGCAAGGGAGGGACAGUCCAUAUGGGAGGGAGGGUAUUUUUUGUGUGUCUGAUUAUUAGUAUAACUGUUUGGUGUCAGUACUUGGGAUGUUUACAGAUAAUGUUCAAUUAAAUACACACAAACACAAGCAUAAAAGACAAAAGCAUAACAUAAACAGUUGGAGUUUGAUUUUAAUUGCAUGCGAUACUUCUCUUAUGUGGUAUAGUCAGGCAGUUGACAGCAGCCCGCAGCCGAAAGACGUUAUUCAAAAAAAUGGCCGCGAAUCUGGUGUCUAAGCCAAAUACUGUGUCGCCUAUUUGGGCACAUUUUGGCUUUGAAGCAGGUGAAAAGGGCCAGCCGGUGAAUUUAGACGAGGCAGUAUGCCGUAUUUGUCGCAAAAAAAUAUCCGUCUCGCGAGGAAAUACUACUAAUUUAAGAUCCCAUCUGAGAAUUAACCACCCUGCCGCGUUUGCUGGACUUGGGUGCAGCACACCUACAACCUCAGGCCAGCAACGACAGUUGGGAGUCUCCGAGGCCUUCGCGAGAGGUGCCAAAUACCAAAGAGGCAGCGAUCAGUGGCGAGUACUUACUGACAGCGUUACACGUUAUUUGGUUGAAGAAAUGGUACCAUUUCGUACGGUUGAGAAGUCAGCGUUUAAAGCCAUGCUACAGGCAUUUGAUAAGCAAUAUGUACUUCCCGACCGAAAAUACUUUUCUCAAACAGCUAUCCCAGAAAAGUAUCUGUCCGUGAAGGACGGCAUAAUACAGGACUUAAAAGACGUUGAUAAUUUCUCAGUGACAACUGAUAUGUGGUCGAGCGUAAAUAUGAUGCCAUAUAUGAGCCUGACCAUACACUAUCUCAACGCUAACUGGGACCUACAAUCAAAGUGCCUAGAGACCGUGUUCACGCCAGAAAGCCACACGGGUGAAAACCUGGCGGAAGCUCUCAGGUCUUCCUUCCAUGAGUGGUCCCUGGACGAGAGGAAACUGGUCUGUAUUACCACAGACAAUGGGGCAAAUAUUGUGGCUGCAGUGCGCAAACUUGGCUGGACAUGGCUAAAUUGCUUUGGCCAUAAUCUGCAUUUAGCCGUCACCAAUGCACUGAAGGCAGAAAAGGACCGCACUGCCCGAGCCAUGGGUGUGUGCAGGACAUUGGUGACGACUUUCUCGCAGAGCUGGCAAAAGAAGAAAAAGCUGCAGAAAGAACAAGUCGAGCUCAAUCUGCCCCAACACUGCUUAGUUCUGGAUUGUCCUACCAGGUGGGGCACUAAGCAGAAAAUGGUUGCGCGCGCUCUCGAGCAACUCCCAGCCAUUAGGAGGGUGUUGAUGGAUGACCGGCGCAGCCAGCAUUUGAUACCGACGUGGCAGGACAUCGAAGUCCUUGAAUCCGUUAAUGCAGCGCUGAAGAAGGUCGCAGAUUUUACAGAUGCGCUGUCUUCCGAGAAGACAGUUACAGCGUCCUCUGUUAAACCAGUCCUACAGUUAUUAACCGAGGAUAGUUUGCUCCCAACUGAUGAAGACACGGAAUUGACGCGCAACCUGAAAAGAAAAAUGGCUGGGGUCUUGAAAGACAAAUAUAGUGCGCCUGCAACACAGCAACUAUUGGCAAAGGCCUCAUUCAUUGACCCAAGAUACAAGGACAUCAACCCCGGAGAUGACGUUAAAGAUGCGCUCUUGGAGGAGAUGAUGGCAAUGCCAGAAGAGCGGCGCGAUAUCGGGGAUGGAGAAGGUGCCAUGAGUACCGCUGCGUCUGGAGAGGAAGGAGGAGGAAGUGCGCCAUCAUCUUCGCCUCCUCCAAAAAAAAAAAAGAAUCUUGCGGACCUGCUUGGAAAGAGAAAAGCACAAUCCUCCAAUCCGGUCCCAAAAAGAAUCCGUGCAGAUACCGAAGUCGCAAGGUAUAUGCAGGAGGACGCCCUCGAUCUGCACUCUGAUCCGCUUGCCUGGUGGCGGGAUAAUCAGGCUCGAUUUCCUCUUCUAUCGAAAGUUGCCAGAAAAUAUAUGACUAUUUGCGCAACGAGCACUCCUUCGGAGCGUGUAUUCAGUGCGGCUGGCAACAUUGUUACUCCGUUAAGAUCCUCGCUGAAACCAGACAAGGUUAACAUGUUGGUUUUCCUGUCACGAAACCUGAAGACCGAAAAAUAA